AUGACCGCCCCAACACAAGCCAAAGACCCAAAGGAGAUGCAGGAACAUCUCGCCCAGCCCCAAUUCAAGGGUGACAAAUAUGUCGAGGGCUGGGCGUCCCUCUGGGAUAAGGGCGACAACCUUCCCUGGGAUAAAGGCUUCCCCAACCCAGCUCUGGACGACACACUCGUGAAGCAUCGGGGUACCAUUGGCGGUCCCCUAGCUACAGAUGCACAAGGCCAAUCGUACAGACGCAAAGCUUUAGUUCCGGGUUGUGGGCGCGGGGUUGACGUGCUUCUCCUCGCGAGCUUUGGUUUUGACGCGUAUGGCUUGGAGUAUAGUGAAUCGGCCAUCGAAGCGUGUAAGAAGGAAGAGAAGGAGAAUUCCAAUUGGUAUCGGGUUCGCGAUCAGACUGUUGGAGCUGGGUCCGUGACUUGGCUUCAAGGUGAUUUCUUCGAUGACGCUUGGUUGCAGAAGGCUGGUGUUCCGUUGAAUGGGUUUGACGUGGUUUAUGAUUAUACAUUCUUCUGUGCCCUGUCGCCAUCGAUGCGUCCCAAGUGGGCUCUCCGUCAUACCCAGCUUCUGGCUCCUUCGCCAUUGGGUAACCUGAUCUGUCUCGAGUUCCCCCGCCACAAGGAUACUCAGGCUGCAGGUCCCCCAUAUGCUUCCCCCUCGGAGGCAUAUAUGGCCCACCUGAGCCAUCCAGGUGAAGAUGUGCCCUACGACGCGAAGGGUGCCGUCAAGUACAACCCUCUGCAGCCUAGCAGCGCAGGAGGUCUGGAAAGAGUGGCAUACUGGCAGCCGGAGCGCACCCACGAGAUGGGCCAGGGUGAGAACGGAGUGAUCCACGACCGAGUAUCAAUCUGGCGCCGUCGUAACUAG